AUGAAUCUUCAGAAACAACCACAUCAAUUGCAAUUUGUUUUAGGUGAACAAAUAGCUGAUAUCAAUGUUGAUGAUAUUGCAUUAGAUUUUGAUGAAGAAGCAGCAUCAAAACAAGAAUGGAAAUUUUGGCGUACACAACCGGUAACACCCUUUGGAAUAAAAGUAUCUAAGGGCAAAAAUGGACCUAUAGAAGAAAAUAAACAUAUUGAACAAUUAAAACAAGAACCAUAUGAAUUACCAGAUGGGUUUUCAUGGAGUGGAAUUAAUGUUUCCCAUGAUGAACAAUUAAAAGAAUUGUAUACAUUCCUAUAUGAAAAUUAUGUAGAAGAUAGUGAUAAUAAGUUUCGUUUUGAUUAUUCAAUGCCAUUUUUACAAUGGGCUUUGUGUUCACCAGGAUGGACUCCAAAAUGGCAUGUAGUUAUACGUCAUACAGAAAGUCGUGAACUAGCAGGAUUUUAUAGUGCUGCACCUAUUAAAAUGAAAGCUUAUGAGAAAGAAGUGCCAAUGAUUGAAUCAAAUUUUUUGUGUGUUCACAAAAAAUUCCGUUUGAAACGUUUGACGCCUAUGCUAAUCGCAGAACUAUAUCGACGGGUUAAUUUAAGUGGAAUUUUUCAAGGUGUUAAUACAGCUGGCGCUCUCUUACCCGGAGUUGUUAGCAAAUGUUUAUAUUGGCAUCGAUUAAUUAAUAUCGAAAAAUUAUUGUCUGUCGGAUUUGCUCAGUUGGGUAGACGUAUGACAUUAGAAAUGAUGAAAAAAAUGUAUGAAUUACCCGAAACAACACACGUGAGAGGCUUUCGUGAAAUGCGCGAAUCUGAUAUACCGAAAGCAUUUACUCUACUUACUCAAUAUUUAAAAAGAUUUGACCUAUCACCUGUACUCACUCAAGAAGAAUUUCAAUAUCUUUGUCAAAAUCGUUCAAAUAUUGUUAGCUCAUUUGUUGUUGAACAGGAAAAUGGUGAAAUAACAGAUUUUAUUUCAUAUUAUCAUUUAUCAACAACAAUUCUCAAUCACCCACAAUUUAAAACGAUGAAUAUAUGCUAUCUGUAUUAUUAUGCUGCAACUUGUACAUCACUUUCCGAUCUUGUUAAUGAUUGUCUUGUACAAGCAUAUAAGAGUGAUUGUGAUGUAUUCAAUGCACUUCAUGCCAUGGAAAAUGAAAAAUUUUUGCGAAAACUUAAAUUUGGUGCCGGGGAUGGAAAUCUUCAUUAUUAUAUUUAUAAUUGGCAAUGUCCAAGGAUAAAUCCAGAAAAGGUUUUUUUAUUAAAUUAAACUUUGUUUUUCUUAUUUAUUUAUCGAAUUUCUAUUUUAGAUCGGAUUAAUACUCCUAUAGGAAAACAAAAAUCUCAUUUCCUUUUAAUUUUCAUUUUAACGAAUAUUUAUAAACAAGAAAGAAUUUAUUUAAAACGAAAUAUAGCCAUACACAAUCUUUCAAAUAGUUUUAUUUCUAAUAGAAUAUACAAUGGAUCUUAUGUGAAAAGAAAGCCCGUAAAAAUAUUCCGAGUUUAGAGAAUUUUUCAGUAACUAAAAGACCUACACAUGACACCCUCACCUCUCACCUCAAGAUAGUUAAACAAAAAAAUCGCUAGUUCUAGCUUUGGUUACGUAAACAACAAUUUCUUUUGUAUUUAAAAUAAAGUUUUCUGUACUAUAAACACGUACGGUCUAUUCCAAUUCGUAGUCGAUGCAUUUAGUAGUUGAUGAAAUUCACCAUUUACAACCUAUAUCAGAAGCUAUAGUCACGGUUGACGAUUAUGACUCAGUUUAAAGGUUAUAACUCCCCAGUUUUAACUCCAACAGUGAUAAUGAUAUGGGUGUGGGUGUGGGUGUGGGUGUGGGUGUGGGUGUGGGUGUGGGUGUGGGU